AUGCUCGGUAUUGGAGAACUUUUGGCAAACACACUUUCAGACGAUCAAAAGACUCGUGAAGAUGCUCAAAGACAGCUUGAACAGGCAGAGACGAACAACUAUCCGAUGUAUGCUGCGAUGCUCUGUCAAGAGCUUGCCAAUGAGCAGUCUCAACAAUUUAUUCGGAGUGCGGCUGGUAUAGCUUUGAAAAAUACUCUGACUUCAUCUGAGGCGUCCAGAAGAAAUGAAAUGGUGCAAAGAUGGUUAUUAGUUGAUGAAGCUACAAGACAACAAAUUAAACAAACGGUUUUGAGUACGUUGGCAUCUCCAGAUACGAGAGCUGCAACUACAGCUGCGCAGGUUGUUUCUGCAAUUGGAGCUAUUGAACUUCCAGCAGAUAAUAAUCAAUGGCCUGAUUUAAUGAAACAUUUGUUAGAAAAUGUCACGUCAACUGACAACAGUCAUCUUAAGAUAGCAACUUUGACCGCUAUUGGUUAUAUUUGUGAAUCAAUUGAUCCUAUUAUUUUAGCUCCUCAAUCUGGUGCAAUUCUUACUGCAGUAGUAUCCGGUGCGAAAAAAGAAGAGCCCAAUCAAGAAGUUCGCAAAGCUGCUGUUGAUGCUCUUUAUAACUCACUUGAGUUUAUACGUGAUAAUUUUGAACGUGAGGGUGAGCGUAAUUAUAUCAUGCAAAUUGUGUGUGAAGCUACACAAAGUUCCGAUGUAAAUGUACAAGUAGCCGCUUUUGAAUGUUUGGUUAGAAUAAUGCAGAUUUAUUAUGAUAAGAUGAGAUUUUAUAUGGAAAAAGCUUUGUUUGGUUUGACUGUCCUUGGAAUGAAAAAUGAAGAUGAAAGAGUUGCUUUGCAAGCUGUCGAAUUUUGGUCAACAGUAUGUGAUGAGGAGAUCGAAUUGGCUAAUGAGGCUUUAGAGGCCUCUGAAGUAGGUGAAACACCAGAUCGCUUAAGUCAUAACUUUGCAAAAGCCGCUCUUCCCGAAAUAUUGCCUGUUUUGCUUUGGCUUCUCACUAAACAAGAAGAAGAUGCGGAUGAAGAUGAUUGGAAUGUUUCCAUGGCUGCUGGGACUUGUUUAUCACUUUUGGCUCAAUGUGUUGAGGAUGCCAUCGUUGCGCCUGUGAUUCCGUUUGUAGAAAGCCACAUUCGAAAUGCUGAUUGGCGUUACCGUGAAGCAGCAAUUAUGGCCUUCGGAUCUAUUUUAGAAGGCCCUGAUCACAGAUUGUUAGCUAACUUAGUAAAUCAAGCUUUACCGGUCUUGAUUGAUAUGAUGAAAGAUAACUCAGCUCAAGUUAAAGACACGACAGCUUGGACACUUGGACGUGUAUCAGAUUUGUUAAUUGAGUGUAUUAAGCCAGAUGAUCACCUUCAAAGUCUUGUUUCCGCGCUUGUCUUAGGAUUAAGAGAUUCACCACGAAUUGUCUCAAAUUGUUGCUGGGCUUUGAUGAGUUUAUCCGAUCAGUUUGGUAAUAGAGAAACUCCAUCACCCACUUAUGCCUUAUCUCCUUAUUUUGAAGGAAUUAUUUCGGCUCUUAUGGAAACUACCGAGAGGUCAACUAACGAAUCUAACUCGCGAACAUCUGCUUAUGAAUGCAUCUCCACUCUUGUACAAGGGGCUGCUUUGGACUGUUUCCCAACUAUUCAAAAGUUGACGGUUACUAUACUUGAUAGAUUAGAUGUUACUAUUCAAACUACGAAUCAAAUCGUAGGCAGUGAUGAACGUCUUGCUCAUUCAGAACUCCAAUCAAAUCUUUGCAGUGUUUUAACAAGUAUAAUCCGUAAAUUGAAGAAGGAAGUGAUUCCAUUUGCUGACAGAAUUAUGACCACAUUACUAUCCUUAUUUACAUCUGCUACGAAGCAUUCUACAACAUUGGAAGACGGAUUCUUGGCUGUAGGUGCCAUCACUACUGCUGCGGAAGCUGAUUUCGUUAGAUAUCUUGAUGCUUUUGCGCCAUUCCUUUAUGCUGCACUUACGAAUCACGAGGAAUAUGCUCUUUGUUCAAUCGCCGUUGGGCUUAUUGGUGAUAUCUGUCGCGCUCUUCAAGAGGCAUCAUUACCAUAUUGUGAUACAUUUAUGAACAUGUUAUUGCAAAUGCUUCAAAGUCCUAUAUUAAACAGGAAUACCAAACCUGCAGUAUUAUCUUGCUUCGGUGAUAUUGCUCUCGCUAUUGGUGGAAAAUUUGAAGUGUAUUUGGAAGUAGUUAUGAUGGUCCUUGCUCAAGCUAGUACAAUGCGUACAGCCAAAGAUGCUAAUUAUGAUAUGAUAGAUUAUGUAAUGGCAUUGCGUGAAGGCAUACUAGAAGCAUAUGUUGGUAUUGUACAAGGUUUAAAGUCUGGUGAGAAAGCUGAAUUGUUAUUACGUUAUAUUGAACAAAUCUUUAAUUUCUUGGGUAUGACUUGGAAUGAUCCUGACAGAUCAGAGAUUAUUGUUCGUAGCAUGAUUGGCUUAAUUGGUGAUUUGGCUGAAGCUUUUCAAGCCGGUCAAAUCAAACAAUGGUUCGCCGUCGAUUUUGUUGCUGCGGCAUUGAAGGAAGGUCGCACAAAUCGAAACUUACCUAACGGCACAAGAGAAGUUACUCGAUGGGCUAAGGAGAUGGUUAAACGAGCAAGUCAAUAA